UCCAGCCUAGGCGACAGAGUAAGACUGUCUCCAAAAAAAAAGAAAACAGUUCAGUUGUUGACGGGCUUAAGGCCUGACUACAAAGGGACAUGAUAAAACUUUCUGGGGCAAUGGAAAUGUUUUGUAUCCUGAUUGUGGUGAUAGUGACUGCCAUAUAUGUUUGUCAAAACACAGCAAACUGUAUACUUAAAAUUUUAUGUUAAUAUUUCAAUAAAGCUUACUAAAGUCAGAAUUAGAAUCAAUUAUCUGUCAAACUCCUGAAGAACCUGUUAAAAACAAUCAGGAGGCCAUUAGGUUAAGCUGGGGUUCUGUUAGAGUAGAUAGUCAGGUGGACAUGAGCAGGGCAGGAGAGGGCCCUCAACUCAGGAAUGUCAGGCAACCAUCAGGUGAUGGUCAGGUGGUUGUUACACUGUUUCUCUAAAAUAAUACUGAGUUGCAGCCAGCACCAGGGAAAGACAGUCUCCCAAUAGACAGGAAACCCGUGAGGCUGAUAAGCAGCAACUUCCUGAUAAGAUCUCCAGAGCUGGGUGAGUGGGCUCAAACAUGUGCACUAAGAGGCAAAAUGAUAGAGUUUAACCAGUAUAUGACCUUCCUCUAGGAACCCUUGACUGAUAAGAGAAAAACCUCUCAAGUAAGCAUGCGCACAACCUCAGUAAACACAUGCACAUGUAACUCCUCCCAAGUGCUGACAGGCCACUAUAUAUGCAUACAGCCCAUCCCAAGGGAAAAAUCCAAGGAGGAGAAAUGGAAACCCUGGAGACAUGCUGAAGUAUAAAACCCCAAGUCAAGGGCUGAACAGGGCACUUGGAUCUCUCGAGUGGUGCAGUGACUCGGAUACCUUCCCUAGUGCAGGCUUCCAACAGACCCUCUGGGAAUAUGGUUUACAAACAGAUCCGAAAUCUGAAGGGGAAAAAUUCCCACCUCUACAUGCUUCAGGCUCACAACUUCUCAUUAAUGUCUCGAAAGAUGUAACUUCAAAUUCCCAACGAACUACAAUCUAAAAGGGCCCCUUCACCAUUCUAUUAUCUACCCCUACAGCCAUUACAGUACUGGAGAUUGCCAGCUAGAUCCAUCACACCCAAGUGAAGCCGUGGAAAAGCCCUUUAACACCAGAGCCAGAACCAGCAACCUCAGCUCCAGAAUACACUUGCGAGGCACUAGAAGAUCUGAAAUUCCUCUUUAAACAAAAAGAUAAGUAAAGCCUCACCAACAGUCUUUCACCUCAAAGUAAGGUGAUCCCAAUAUUAGAAAUUUUAUUUGCAAUUGCUCUGAUUAUCACUAUUUUAACCCUAACUUGUACACCACCAGGAGUUCCACUGGCAUCUUGCUUUGUGACCAGUUUCUCUCUUAAGUCACUAUGGGCCUGCUCCUGCUGGUUCUCAUUCUCACUCCUUUAUUAGCAGCCUAUCGCCAUCCUGAUUUCCAGUUACUGGAAAAAGCUCAGCAACUGCUCCAAAGCACAGGAUCCCCUUACUCCACCAAUUGCUGGUUAUGUACUAGCUCAUCCACUAAAACACCAGGAAGAGCUUAUCCAGCCUCGUCCAGAGAAUGGACAACCACAGAGGCAGAAUUACAUAUUUCCUAUCAAUGGGACCCUAAUCUGAAAGGACUGAUCAGGCCUGCAAAUAGCCUUCUUUCAAAGGUAAAGCAAGAUUUCCCUGACAUCCGCAAGGAACCUCCCAUUUUCGGACCCAUCUUUACUAAUGUCAACUUAAUAGGAAUAGCCCCUAUUUGUGUUACAGCCAAAAGGAAAGAUGGGAUAAAUGUAGGCACUCUUCCAAGUACAGUCUGUAAUGUUACUCUCACUGUAGAUCCUAACCAACAGACUUAUCAACAAUACACCCACAACCAAUUCCGCCAUCAACCAAGAUUCCCCAAACCUCCAAAUAUUACUUUUCCUCAGGGAAUUUUGCUAGAUAAAUCCACCCAGUUUUGCCAGGGACGCCCAAGCUCAUGCAGUACUCGAAAUUUCUGGUUCCAGCCUGCUGAUUAUAACCAAUGUCUGCAAAUUCCCAAACUCAGCUCUACAGCAGAAUGGGUUCUGUUGGACCAAACUCGAAAUUCUCUUUUUUGGGAAAAUAAAACCAAGGGAGCUAACCAGAGCCAAACGCCAUGCGUCCAAGUCUUAGCAGGCAUGACUAUAGCCACCAGCUACCUGGGCAUAUCAGCAGUCUCAGAAUUUUCUGGAACCUCUGUCACCCCCUUAUUUAGUUUCCAUAUCUCUACAUGUCUUAAAACUCAAGGAGCCUUCUAUAUUUGUGGUCAAUCGAUUCACCAAUGCCUCCCCACCAACUGGACUGGAACUUGUACCAUAGGCUAUGUAUCCCCGGACAUCUUCAUAGUCCCUGGCAAUCUCUCUCUUCCAAUACCAAUAUAUGGGAAUUCCCAUUUUCCCAGGGUGAGGAGGGCUAUCCAUUUAAUUCCACUUCUCGUCGGACUCGGCAUUGCAGGCAGUGCGGGAACCGGAAUUGCUGGAAUUGCAAAAGCUUCCUUCACUUAUAGCCAGCUCUCAAAGGAAAUAGCCAACAACAUUGAGGCCAUAGCUAAAACAUUAACGACCGUGCAAGAACAAAUCGACUCUUUGGCAGCGGUAGUCCUCCAAAAUCGUCGAGGACUAGACAUGUUAACGGCAGCACAGGGAGGAAUUUGUUUGGCCUUAGAUGAAAAAUGUUGCUUUUGGGUAAAUCAAUCAGGAAAAGUACAAGACAACAUCAGACAACUCCUAAAUCGAGCCUCCACUUUACGGGAACAAGCCACUCAGGGCUGGUUAAAUUGGGAAGGAACUUGGAAAUGGUUCUCUUGGGUUCUUCCCUUUACAGGUCCACUUGUUAGUCUCCUACUUUUGCUCCUUUUUGGUCCAUGUCUCCUAAAUAUAAUAACCCAAUUUGUCUCCUCUCGCCUUCAGGACACAAAGCUCCAGAUGAAACUCAGUAAGAGAGGCCGUCCUCGCAAUAGUCAAGAGUCACCCUUCUAAAGAGGACCCCUAGACUCCUCAUUAGUGGGACACAACAGAGGCAAAAUCCUGCCCCGCCUCCCUUGGACCUGGCUGGAUAUUGCUUUCGCCAAUCCACAGAGCUCCCUGCCCUGACAGUUAGCAAGAGGCCAAGACCCACAGGACAACCACUACAGACCCUCUGUCAGCAGGAAGCAGUUAAAGAAGACUGACCUUCGCCCAUUUUCCCAAAUAAUUGGGUCUUGGACUCUUGGCAGGGGGAAUUGUUAGAGUAGGUAGCUAGUCAGACAUGAGCAGGGCAGGGGAGGGGCCCCCCCACCAGGAAUGUCAGGCGACCAUCAGGUGAUGGUCAGGCUAUUGUCACGCUGUGCCUCUAACAUAAUAAUGGGUGGCAGCGGUGCCAGGGAAAGAUGGUCUCCCAAUAGACAGGAAACACCUGAAGCUGGUGAUCAGCAGCUUCCCCAUAAGAUCCCAGGAAUUGGGGGAGCAAGAUCAAGCAUGCGCACAAGAGGCAAAUGGUGGAGUUUAACUGGUAUAUGAUCUUGCGUCAGGAAGGCUCGACUGGUAACAGAAAAACGCCUCCAGUGAACAUGCGCACAACUUCAGUAAAAACACUGCAUAUGCAUCCUCUCCUAAGUGCUGGCAGGCCACUAUGCAUGUAGACAACCUGCCCCAAAGAAAAAACAGAGGAGGAGAAAUGAAAACCCCAGAAGCAUUCCAUUGCAUAAAACUCCAAGUCAGGGACCUAACAGGGGAAUUGGAUCUCUCAAGUUGCCAGCUUGGCUCUUUUCAAGUGCACUUUGCUUCCUUUUGUUCUUGCUCUAAAACUUUUACCCCUGCCCUAAAACUUGCCUCAGACUGUCAUUGUCACACUGCCUUCCCCUCCCCCCCCCCACCUGGCCAAAUUCCUUCCUCUCCUACGACAGGGCAAGCAUCAAGUCUGCUGCAGACCCAUCGGAUUUGCUGAGGGUAACAGUUCCAGCAUUUAGGUUCCAGCAACCAAACAAACUAACACCCAAUUCAGGGUAAACAGCCAAACAAAACUUAAGCUUAACCAAUUAGAAACCACCAACUAACCUCUAACUAGGACAUUUCUACUUGAACCAAUCAAAUAUUUUCUUUGUCUUGCUUCUGUGAGCACCUUAUAAAAGUUUCCCCUUGGCACCUCGAUAAUAGAGCCCCAAUUGCCUGCAGUUUGGCACUGCCUGAUUCAUGAAUCACCCUUGCUCAAAUAAACUCUCUAAAAUGCUAAUGUGCCUAAGUUGAUUUCUUAAUACAUCUUUGCAGACUGUAUGACAACCAAUGAACUAGACAAUCUACAAGAUGUGUUCACACUUUUCUGUAAUCAACACGUUCUAAAGCAGUCUACUAUCUUUGAAAUGUACAUUAUCCUAAGUAAAGCUGUAUUAAUCUAAGGAUAGUUUAAAUUUCUAAAACUAAAUUCAAUCUUUAAAAAUUGAUUUUUCAAAAGUCAAUUAAUUCAUAUAUAUCCACCUGUACUGAAGCCAUCCUUAGAGCGUUAAUGAGAAUUCUGGACAGACGUAUCAUUAUCACUAAGCAUUAAUCAAGCUGUACUUUGACCCAUUUCCUUGUAACCAAAAGUCACAAUACACUAGACACUGUCCAUUUGCAUCUCCACUGUUCCUAAAAAUUGGAUUUUUGAGUUAGAAUCAUAAGGCUUUUAAGGAUUGCUUACGAUGUUUUUCAGAUUCUAGAAAUACAGUGAAAUAGCUGUCACCAGUUUAAGACCAGUUUAAAGGCCCCUACAGAGGAAUCAAAUCAGCAUGAGAAUAGUUUCUUCAUCUCCCUGUCCCAUGGCUUCACCCCUGCACUCUUCAACCAAUCAAUCAGCUCAUUCCAAAACCCUUAAACCCUAGCCCCAAACUCCUCAAAGACGAAUUUGGGUUUUCCUUUCAUCUCCUCAUUCGGAAGCCCUUCCAUAAAACCUCUUUGCCGCAACCUGGUAUUGUGAGAAACAGUCCUAUUACAGUUAUAGUACCUCCGUGUAAGACAGAUCAGAAAAAACACAGCCAAACCUCGAUAUUCCUGAAUUAUUUGUGAAUGUACCUACCUGCUGAAAUAAGAGUGGUUGAGUGCAUUGCUCAAGUCACACAGCUAGUAAGCGGCAACACUAGCUAUGUGACUUGAUCACACAGUCACAGAUCAGCCCAAGUCCAAUGCUAAUCAUAGAACAACAAAGCUCUGAAAUUAAAAAUGUGACUGCUAAAAUUAAAAAUUCGAUUUAAGAGAUAGAAGAAAAAGCCCCAAACACCCCCCCGGAAGAAAGGGGGAGGAGGGAAUUAGGAGAUAAAAAAGAUAAAGAAUCAACCCAAGA